UCCCUGCUAGUGGAUUGUGUAGAAUACACUGCCAGUCUCUUGUUUUCUGUUCACCAUGGCUUCUUCUGAUAUCCAGGUGAAGGAACUGGAGAAGCGUGCCUCAGGCCAGGCUUUUGAGCUGAUUCUCAGACCUCGAUCAAAAGAAUCUGUCCCAGAAUUCCCCCUUUCCCCUCCAAAGAAGAAGGAUCUUUCCCUGGAGGAAAUUCAGAAGAAACUAGAAGCUGCAGAAGAAAGACGCAAGUCCCAUGAAGCUGAGGUUUUGAAGCAGCUUGCUGAGAAACGAGAGCAUGAGAAGGAAGUGCUUCAAAAAGCGAUAGAGGAGAACAACAACUUCAGUAAAAUGGCAGAAGAGAAGCUGACCCACAAAAUGGAAGCCAACAAAGAGAACCGAGAGGCGCAAAUGGCUGCCAAACUGGAGCGUUUGCGAGAGAAGGACAGGCACAUUGAAGAAGUGCGGAAGAACAAAGAAUCCAAAGAUCCUGCUGAUGAGACUGAAGCUGACUAAUUUGUUCUGAGAACUGACUUUCUCCCCCUCCCCUUCCUAAAUAUCCAAAGACUGUACUGGCCAGUGUCAUUUUAUUUUUGCCCUCCUGGCAAAUAUUCUAGAAGCUGAUGUAGGACUGUAUAGGUAGAUCCAGACUGUAUGAUGUUGUUUUAGGGGCUAAAGGGGAGAAACUAAAAGUGUUUUACUCUUUUUCUAAAGUGUUGAAGUCUUUCUAAUGUAGCUAUUUUUCUUGUUGCAUCUUUUCUACUUCAGUACACUUGGUGUGCUGGGUUA